CUAAUGGAGAAGGUGAUAGCUUGUGGGCGAAGAGCCGAGUCCUUUCUGUAUCCCUAACCACACCGAACUAAGAUUUCAUAGCCAAAGUUCUUUCCAAUGUGCCAUAAACCCUCACUUUCUUCAGUUCAGACCCUCAUUUUUCUACUGCAAUCAUGCAAAGAAUCCCAAGAAAUCCGUCAGGUCCAUGGCUUAAUGGUCAAGACUGGCCUUGACCUCGUCUCCUUCCCUCUCAGCAAGCUUCUUGCAAGCUCGAUCCGUGAUACAACAUAUGUACUCAGUAUUUUCAAACAUAUAGGUAGCCCAACCCUUUUCAUGUUCAAUACCAUGCUUAGGAGCUAUUCAAUCAGUGAUGACCCAAGACGAGCCCUUAUCCUCUUCAAUCAAAUGAGGCUACAGAGGUUAUUUGAUCAGUUCACCUUCAUUGCCACCCUCAAAUCUUGUGCCCGUGUUUCAGCAAUCAGGACUGGUUUGGGUGUUCAUUCAGUUCUUUUGAGGACUGGGUUUUUCUUUUAUCUCAAUGUGAUGAACAGCCUCUUGCAUUUCGUGUGCGCCAGUGGCUGGAUCCGUGAUGCACAACAACUGUUUGAUGAAUUCCCUCAUGACAAAGACUUGGUUUCAUGGAACACCUUAAUGGGUGGCUAUCUUUCGGUUCACAAGUAUGACAUUGUAAUAGAUUUAUAUAAACAGAUGAGUAGUAAUGGGUUAUAUGUUAGUGUUAGUACCAUUUUGAAUAUUUCAUCGGCCAUUGGUGAGUUAAGUGGCCGUGUAUCAGGGGAUUCUAUACAUUCACAUUGCAUCAAACUUGGUCUUUCUCUGAAUGUGAAUGUUGCUAGUGCUUUGAUUUCAAUGUAUGGAAAAAUAGGUGGCAUUGAUUCAGGGCGUAAAAUUUUUGAUGAAGCUGUUGUAAAAGAUGUUGUGAUGUGGAACUGUUUGAUAUAUGGAUAUGCUAGAAACCGAAUAAUGAGUGAAGCUUUCAGAUUGUUGAGGUUAAUGAAGUUUCAUGGAGUGAAGCCGAUUGCAUCAACGUUUCUAGGACUGCUUUCAGUUUCUGAAGCCUCUGGAGAUCUCACUGUAGGUCGAUAUGUCCAUGACUACAUAAAAGAGCAACAGUUAGUGUUGGAUGCAACUGUGGGAACAACUCUUAUAGAUAUGUAUAUGAAGUGUGGUUUUCUGAAAGAGGCAGUUGAAGCUUUUGAAAACAUAGAGAGGAAAGAUUCUAUUUGUUGGACUUCAAUGAUUUUUGCAUAUGGAUUACAUGGGCAGGCAGAAAAUGCCAUUUCCCUUUUUCACAGAAUGGAGGAAGAAGGGUGCAUGCCCAAUGAAGUCACAUUCUUGGCGGUGCUGAGUGCCUGUAGCCACAAGGGUUUGGUGGCUGAGGGGAAUAGUUUUUUCAGAAGAAUGAUAGACAAAUAUUCAUUUUCUCCAAAGAUUGGGCAUUAUGGAUGUGUUAUUGAUCUCAUGGGCCGUAGUGGGUUGUUAGAAGAAGCUAAAAAGCUAACCCAGAGCUUGCCCAUUAAGGACGAUGCCACUAUGUGGCGUACAUUGCUAGCAGCAUGCAGACUGUAUGGCAACAUUUGUUUAGGGGAAGACGUUAAGAGAGAGUUGGAGCAGAGGUUUGAUGAACAUCCAGCGGAUUCGGUAACUCUCUCCAGUGCCUAUGCCAUCGCUGGAAGAAUAGAAGAUCGUGCAAGGAUUCUUGAGAAAGCUAAAGGAAAACUAAUGGAACGGUGGAUAAGCUCUCCAGUUGGAAAGAAGGAAGUCGGAUUUAGUAGAGUAAAUGUGGCUGUCGUUCAGCAAAGAGAAGGAAUAAAUAAAUAAAAUAAUCACUAAUAAACAGCAGGAAUUGUGUGCCAUUUGGCCUGGAAACAGAGAUGAUACCAGAAGAAUAAAUAUUCAACUGAGUAUUUCACCAGCAGGUUGUAUUCUUUUCCUUUGUGUAUAAGAUCCAAUUUUUUGGUGUUUAUGUAUACAACAUCCAAGCCUUAGAACAAAAAAUUUGCAUGCAAACACAAAAAUAGACUAGAUGGAAGGGCCGUACUUGCUUGAUGGGAUAGAACGGAUUAGGUUUUGGCUGGGCGUGAUGAUGAUUUCAAUUUCUUCCUUGUGAACAAGGUAGCUCAAGGCUCUGGCAUUGUCUGUAAAUGUAAAUGGGUAUCUAGGUGACCGAAGUUUCUGGUGUCUUACAUUUGAUGUGAUGGUUGCGUGAGAGUUUCCCGCCGCUUUAAGUCAAGCAUCUGCCAGUGUAUGUGUCAAUCAUUUGUUUAUUUCGUGUAGUAAAUAUAGGGCUUUUAGUUUUAGGUCAUUGUAAAAGUAUUAUUUAUGUCACCCAUCCUUGUAAUUUAUGCCUUUUUUUAGUUCCUCUUUGAGUCUGUCAAAUUCCAUUUUAAGUGAUUAUAUGGCGCCAGCCUCACAUAAGUCUAAUCUAGCCCUACCUCUCUUUUUAAAGAACGCCUAAUAUUUUCUCUAGAGUCAGAAAGGUAUAAGUUGGAAGGGAAAUAGUGAGUUUCUAGUAGCCCUAGCUAUAUGUUGCAACCAGUUACAGAAAGUUGACAUGGAGGAGUUCUGUGCAGCACACCUGUUCUUUAACAAGAGGUUGACCAAAAAACCACAUAAAUUACAAGGAUGAUUAUCAAAAUGAUUUUACAGGUUCUAAAACACCUAACAUUAUAUUUCUAGGGACAAGAAACAUAAUCAAGCCUCAGGUAUUGGGAAAUGAAAACUUUCUCCUGCUGAAGUUUUUUCUCAAAUCCCAUGGUGUCACCAUGGUUGGAUGAAAAUUUGACCAGAUACUGGUUUGGGUAAUUUUUUUAAUUGCAGAUGGACGAAGCCACUGUUGGUGUGGAGAAGCCUUUCAGAAUUUUAUCUGCAGUUCCCAUAAUUGCCAAUGUGAUUGUCAGUGAUAGCAUUUUCCCCGUCCUUACUUCAUCAACAGAUUAUAGACUUCAUUUAUCUAUCUAUGACAAGUACCUCAUUGGCAUGGAAAGGGGAUGGCUGGGAUAUCAGAUAUGCUUCUGCUGCCUUGCUAGCUUUUUUUGCGGUUUUUAUGUUACUCGCUAUACUAGCCAAGGUAGGCCAGCUGAUGAACUCAAAGUAUUAGCUCCUCCGGAAAUGAACACUGUGGAGCAGCUUUUGGCCAUUCAAAAUGCCAUUUCCCAAGCUGAAGAACUGAUCCAAGAUGGAAACAUUGUUCUUCUCAAGUUCCGAGCAUUAUUGUUGACUAUAUUCCCGCAGCCCGCAGAUGAAGAUUUCAGAGAAGAUCAUUGCACAUGAUGGUCAACAGUGACUAUUCUUGUCAUGGAUAAGCCUUGGCAGAUCAUCUCAAUUGGCGUAGAAAGCAGUUAUGCUUGAGACAAAUAUCUACCGUAUUAGGUCUUAACAUAACACAUGUGAACCGAACAUUUACCUUAAACUAUGUGUACGUUUAUGUUACAUAUAUGUCCUCUUUUUAUAGCUGCUAUAUCAUUUUAUUUCACUUGAUUAAUGAUGUACUCAGCUGAAAUUUUAUAAUUUUCCCUUCACCUUUAACAUGAGUCAUGAUCCAUAUAUGAUAUUGAACAUUUUGUUUAGAGAUUUUGAUCCUGAAACCAUUCCCUUUAAGCAGUUAAGUCCUUCAAAAAUAACCCCAUCUAAUACACGAUUUCCACUCACAACGGAAGUGUGACAGAAUGAUGGGCAAUGGAUGAAGGUAAAGAACACCUCUAGACUUCUAAGCUCUGUUAAGAUGUGUUUGGAGCAAUUUCGGGGCGCAAGAGUAAUGAGAAAAGAUGCCAGGUUGAAUGUAUGUGGAACAGUAUACUUAGCCUGGAAAGCCAGUAAUGAGACCAUUUUUUCACAUAAGCAUGUUACUGCCUUUUCUUUGCAGAUAGAGAUUUUGUGUUUGAUGAUGUUGUAUACUUUAGUUUCUGCUGUGUUUGGGACAUUUUUUAUGUUUAGUUUAGUAGAGCAGAUGCUGUAAUGCAGAUCAGGAUGCUUGGUUUUAUUAUGAAUGUGAUGUAAGGUGGAAUGCCCCCUGUUUUUUUUUAUUACUACCUCCGUCCCAUUUUAUGUGUCUUAGUUUGACUUGACACGGUUAUUAAUGAAAUGGUUGAAA